CGCGCCUGCUAACGUUAGCCUGCUAGCAGCGGAGAUAACACAAAAUACAGUCGGCUUAACGUUACCGACACGGGAGGGUUACCCCGGCUUCCCUUGCUUGCUGUUUAUUUACAAUGUGCUACGAAGUUAAAAUGUUCUCCCUUACGGACAUGAUGACAUUAUUACACUUUACCAUACACAGCUGUGGUGGGAUCUCAUUUGCAAACAACACGCGGCUAGUUAGCCGUUCACCUGGCUAACCUAGCGUGUUGUGUAAUCAGCUGUUAGAUUAGCCCUUAUAGAGCUAUUGAACCAUACACGCUAUGGUAACUUCGUUGUAGUGUAAAAGUGGCGUGUUUUCAUUAUGCAGCACUUUCCAUCACCACUUUGAAUACUGCAUUGGAUUUGGAAAGUGACCGCGCUUUUGUCCCAGCUCGUAUACACGCAUCUAGAAUUAACCCUUUCGUAUUACCAUCUGCAAGUGUUGCCACUGGACAGUGAGCUGUAGGUUUUCACUACAGAGGAGGAAACUGUCAGCAGCAAUGAAUAACUCCCUGGAUGGUACAGGCUCCUAUGAGGAGCUGGUGAGGCAGAAAGCUCGGAGCAUCCCUCAACAUCGCAUGAAGGAUUUUCUGGAGUCCUUGGCAAGCAAGGGUCCGGAUGCCCUGCAGGAGUUCAGCCAGCAAAGCGGAGACACUACAACCACCACCACGACUAUGGUCUACCAGCAAGAGGCUAACUGUAUCUACACAGACAGCACAGAGGUGGCAGGAUCAUUGUUGGAACUGGCUUGCCCGGUUCAGGUGCAGGUCCAGCCGCAGCAGCAACAGAUACAGGAGUCCACGUCUCAGCAACAAUCUGUACAGCAGAAUACAGAGCAACAGAUAGUGCAGGUGCAGAUCCAGGGCCAGCAGCAAGGUCAGAUGCUGGGUCAGGUCCUCCAAGUACCCUCUGGUUCCCAUCAACAGCUACAAGGUGUGACCACUGCACAGCUGAUUCAGCCCGGGGAACUCACAGAGGAGCAGCACCAACAGCUACAAGCCCAGUUGGUGGCAGCUGUUGCAGGAGGACAACAGAUCCAAAUCCAGACAGUCGGGGCUCUGUCACCCACCCAGCAGCAGGACAGUGCAGAGAGAAGGGUACUGGGAACCACAGUUGCCACAUCCCAGGGAGCAGGUGUCCUCCAGCCAGCCAAGAAGCGUAAGGUGGACAUGCCCAUCACUGUGUCCUAUGCCCUGCCUGGUCAGCAGGUAGCAACAGUCCUGGCUAUCCCUCAAGGACAGGGCCAGCAGCAGAGUUAUGUGUCCCUGCGGCCAGACCUCCUAACAGUGGACAGUUCUCACCUUUACAGUGCUACAGGCACGAUCACCAGUCCCACAGGGGAGACCUGGACCAUCCCUGUGUAUUCUGCUCCUGCUGGGUCUGGAGGCCGUGAGCAAGUGACACACAUUGCCAUCCCCCAGGAGGCUUAUGGAACAGUGCAGGUUGCAGGGGCAAACACUACAACAAUGACUACAAUGCCAACACAAGUUACUGUUGAGAAUGACAAGCUGAAAAACCCUGCCAGUCAAAGUCAGACAGCGCAGGCUGUUUCCAGCAUAACAAGCUCUGGAGGAAUGGGGGGGCAGGAAGAAGUAGUGCACACGCUGGCUGCAAACACGCUGUUCCCUGCCCAGUUGAUGAAUGGAAACAUUCACAUCCCAGUGGCAGUACAGGGUUAUUCCAAUGCUACACAGUCCCUUAUUUGGGAUCCACAGCAACAAGUGCUGCACACGCAGGGGCUGCCAGGGCAGGACACACAGCAGCUACAGGGUCAGACUGUGGUAGCAGAGGUAGAUGGCCAAGGCCAACAGCAAGUGCAGGUGCAGGAGCUGCUGCUGCCUGCCACGCUGAAGCCGGAAGAGGGGCUGGACGUGUGGCGGCUUUGGGCUCAGCGGAAAAACGCAGAGUUGGAUAAAUCAGACAAAAAUAAACUAGCCCCAAUUGGCCGGCGUCAGGCACUACGUUUCCAGGAAGAUUUGGUGUCAUGUGCAGUCGCUGAGCUCUGCAUGGGUCUCUCUUUGAUGACAACAGAGGCCCGGGGGCUGGAAGGGGAGUCUUAUGAGGCUGAUGUUCUUUACUAUGUAUUUCUGUGCAUACAAAAAUACCUAUUUGAUAAUGGUCGUGUGGAUGACGUUUUCUCAGAUCAGUACUACACCCGCUUUGCUCAGAGCCUGCACACGAUCCUGGAGCCUUGGAGACCAUCCGUUCAUCCGCUAGGUUACGUUAUUCCCAGUCAUGUGACAGAGGAGAUGCUGUGGGAGUGUAAACAGCUGGGAGCUCAUUCACCCUCAACACUGCUCACGACUCUAAUGUUCUUCAACACAAAGUAUUUCCACCUGAAAACAGUGGAUCAGCAUCUAAAAGUGGCCUUUUCUAAGGUGCUUAGACACACCAGGAAAAGUCCCAACAACCCCAAAGACAAGAGCACCAGCAUCCGAUACCUAAAGUCAACAGAGAGGUUCAUAGGACAGAAAGUGACAGAUGACAUGUACUCAGAGCAGCUGGAGGACCCGGAGAACCCGCUGCGAUGCCCCAUCAAACUCUACGAUUUCUACCUCUUCAAAUGCCCACAGAGUGCUAAAGGUCGCAACGACACCUUCUACCUGACCCCUGAGCCCGUGGUGGCUCCAAACAGCCCCAUCUGGUACUCAACUCAGCCAAUCCCAAAAGAACAGCUGGAGCAGAUGCUCGCCCGCAUCCUCGUCAUUCGCGAAAUCCAAGAAGCCAUUAACAUGUCGGAGAGCGUGCACUAGUUUGCCUGGAGGAGAACGAUAAACGAACUAGACUCUUCUCUUCACCCAGCCUUUGAUUGCUUAUUAUCAGUAGUUUUCUAUUCUCUCACACCCUCUUCUGGUCUGUAAGGGUGGCAUGUAUAUGUUUAUAUUCAUUAUGUGUCAGCAUAUCUUACGCACAUGGCCUGUACAUACACAUACAAACAAUACAGAUAAUAAUUUGUCUUACUGAGGCAAUCACUCAAGUUUUUUUUUUUUUUUGGCCAAAGGAUGUAGUGUCUAAUCUUUUUAUUGGACCUGAACUCUAAUUUAAAUGUUAUUUUAACUGUUGGUUCUCCUUACCAAUAGUCUGGAACAAUUGUUCAUUUUCUUUAACGUUUUGUUUUAAUCUGUAAUAUACUUCAUAUACACUUUGACUGGGGUUGGCCUGCACUAUGCUGCUUUUCUUAGACCUCCUUCUUUGUUGCUCUACCUUCCCUCAUCUGCCUUGGUCACUGUUAAGUCUCAGUGAAUACCUCAGUGGUAUUAAGACUGCAUUAAGUAGCCAAACAUAGGCUAAAAGCUCAGUUUUAACUUGUGUGAAUUCUCCCUCUUUCUUCGUAUUUCACUCCUCUGUCUUCUGAGUUCACACACGGACAAACAGAACUCUGGAGAUGACUCGCUUGUUACUGAAUGCUGCUUUGGACUAGCUCAGCAGCACUCAAUGGCAACAGGACUUUACUCCGUUACGGACUUUAUUGCAAUACAAUGUCACCACCCGACCUGCAGCUACGGGCACUUGCCACAUGGUGGAGAUGUGGCAGAGGUUGGGCGAAGGAUGCUGACUGCUGCUGGAUCCUCCUUUCUCUCCUCAGUACAUCAACAAACGCAAAACUCACCCGAAAAGGGAUCUAUUGUAUCAUACAUGUUUAUUACAUGACAGAUGAAAGACUCUAAGAAGUGGGAUAGCCCUUGAUGUUCUAUAAUGUAUAAUACUCAUAGCUCCUUCAUGUACUGUAAUCGGUUUCAGUCAUCCAAGGAGAAUGGCAGUGCCUGUGUGUUUUUGAAACAUGACCUUUUUUGUACAGCCACUAUACCAUGUGUCUGCCUUUCUAGCAAGUCCAGUAUCAAUUCUGCACAUGCAUCCUUACGUGCUGAUAGCCUGCAUUGUGUGAUUAAGAUAAAAUGAUGCGCAAUGAUUUUUUUCUAAAUAAAAGUCAUCUCACACCGUCACUUUAUCAGUAAUGGAGGGCAAACAAACUUACAAAAAAAA